UGUCUGCUGGGCUUAGGCAGAAACUUCGCCUCUGGCAGAUUAAUCCCUAACUGUCCUUUAUGUGAUUUCUUGCAUCAUGCCCUGGAGCAUUUAGCACAGGCUUAGAUGGACCAGGGAUCUGAUCCUAUACCUUCUACAAGUCCUUGUGGUGAGAAGUCUUGUUCCCUUAGACCUGAGAGGGUGAGCUGGAAUUUAGUGUCACAAUCUCUGCAGGAGAGCUGGAUUCAGAGAGUUGUUGCAUUAAAUGUCAAAACUGUAAGCUUGAGUCCUAUUGGAGCAUCAAUAGGCAGCCCCUGCCAAGAGCGAAUCAACAGCUGAGCCAAAUCUCCACUGCCCAAUGCUAGCUUUGAACUCAGACUGAUCAUCAGCAGGCAGGCACCACAGAGAGUAAAUCAGUAACUGACCCAGGUCUUCGCUGCCCACUCUCAUUAAUAAGGGCUGGCUCUACGGCUGCAUUCUGCACUAGCUGGCAGAUGACAGAUCAGUUUCUUAGAUGGCUCAACACAGAGUGCAGUGCAGUGACCGGCAGAAAGAACUUCUCUUCUCUGGCAGCAGGAAGCUUCCCAGAAGGAUGGCCUCCCUCUUGGAGCUGAAGGAAAUCUUCCGCAAUGCCGAUGCAGUGUGCUUUGAUGUGGAUAGUACAGUCAUCAGAGAAGAAGGAAUUGAUGAGCUGGCGAAGUUCUGUGGAGUUGGGGAUGCUGUGGCAGAAAUGACACGGAGAGUUAUGGGAGGCUCCGUGACAUUCAAAGCUGCUUUAACGGCACGACUAGGACUUAUACGUCCCUCCUGGGAGCAAGUGCAAAAACUAAUUUCAGAACAUCCUCCUCAGCUCACACCGGGCAUAAGGGAGCUGGUAAGCAGGCUUCAUCAGCGAGGCAUCCAAGUCUUCUUAAUAUCCGGCGGGUUUCAGAGCAUUGUGGAGCAUGUCGCUUUACAGGUGAACAUUCCAACAGCAAACGUGUUUGCCAAUAGGCUGAAGUUUUACUUUAAUGGAGAAUAUGCAGGGUUUGAUGAGACACAACCAACAGCUGAAUCAGGUGGAAAAGGAAAGGUUAUCAGUCAUCUGAAGGAACAGUUUCACUUUAAGAAGGUAGUUAUGAUUGGAGAUGGAGCUACAGACAUGGAAGCAUGUCCCCCUGCUGAUUGCUUCAUUGGAUUUGGAGGAAAUGUAAUCAGGAAACAAGUAAAGGAGAAAGCCAAAUGGUACAUUACUCACUUUGAUGAACUGCUUAAAGAACUGGAAGAAAGAUAAGUUCUACAGUAACAUAGUAGUUUUAUUAACAAUUAUAGUAUAUCAAUAUAUAC